CGCUGUUGGAGCUGUGGGAUCUCCGUUAUAGAACACGGAAGCGAGUGUUUGUUUGUGUCUGAGAUGGAAGUGGAUUAGCUGUAUUGGUUUUAUAUGAGUUUAUUAACACUGAUGUAAACAGCUGUUAGUGAGAAUGUUCAGGAAAUCUCCAGGUUUCCACUAUGAAGCUGUUCCUGCGGGUGAUCCGGGCAGCACUCCUGGUUUGUACUCGUCCCCGAUAACAUACGGACAGUCUCAGUUCAGCAGCGGACACUCCUUCGACUACGUGCCCAGAAUUAAAGACAACGACUUCACUGAUAAAACCCAGGGAUUACUGUCGUGGAUUUGCAAUCUGAUCGUCAUAUUCUUGGUUUUUGUUUGCACACUCAUUACAUUCCCCAUCUCUGCGUGGUUCGCAUUAAAAACAGUUCCCAACUAUCAGAGGAUCGUUAUUUUCCGACUGGGGCGCAUUAGACCUCCUAAGGGUCCAGGAGUGGUGCUGGUGCUUCCAUUGAUUGAUCAGUGGCAGAGAGUGGACCUCAGAACCAGGGCCUUCAACAUCCCACCAUGCAAGGUGACCACUAAAGAUGGUGGGCUGGUGUCCAUAGGAGCUGACAUCCAGUUCCGAAUCUGGAAUCCAGUGAUGUCCGUGGUGGCUGUGCAGGACCUGAAUGCGUCCACACGCCUCACAGCACAGAACGCCAUGACCCAGAGUCUGGGCAAAAAGACUGUGAGGGAGAUUCAGACAGAGAGAGUCAAACUAGGUGAACAUCUUGGGAUGGACAUAAAUGAGCUGACAAAGCCAUGGGGACUGGAGGUAGAUAGAGUGGAGCUGACCCUGGAGAGUGUGCUCCAGGCUCCAGAGGAGCCUAACUCAGGGUCCUUCAUCAUGCCCCCCUCGGUCCCUGGCCUGGAAGGCCUUGCAGGACCAAUCCAACAGCUUGCCAUGCAUUUUCUCGGGCAAAAUACACCAGGCCCCCAACCUGUUAAAGAUACGGUGAACUUCACUGAUGAGAUGAACACGGGGGCUCCAGUAUCCACAGGGAGCAGCAAGGCAGAGGAGCUGCUGGCGGCAGUCAGUCUGGUGCUGUCUGAAGAUUUGGUCAGGCAGGUAGGAGCCUGCUUUCAGUUCCACAUCAGCAACAGUAGUGGCCAGACCAGCAGCUACUACUAUGUGGAUCUUACUCAAAAUGGUGGAGCAUGUGGUGUGGGUGAAGCAAGACAGCCUGACGUCUCUCUAAGCAUGAGUGAGCAGGACUUGAUGGCCUUGUUCCAGGGCAGCCUGCAGCCGUUUUCUGCGUACAGCAGUGGCCGACUGAGAGUACAGGGAGACCUGAACACUGCCAUGAAGCUAGAGACACUUAUUAAACUCCUCAAGCCUCUGUGAGGCAUGCUUUAAAUACGUGUGCCUUAAAUUUGCUGCUUUUCCACCUUAUUUCAAAAGUACAUACAGCAGUUUCUCUAUUAUAGUGAAGAAACGUGACCAUAUGAAGAAUGAUUUAAGCUUUUAUCAACACUCUAUAAAACAUGUAGUUCUACAUGUAACCUUUGCCUUUAUAGAGAUCUUUUAAAGAAAUUAUCUACUGAUGCUGGCUUGAUGUUCUGUUGUAAAAACUGAAAUUAACUUUUUUAGAUAUCAAAAAUAGAAUAUUUAUGUUGUAUUUUUGCAACUUAAUGUAAAGUUAAGCAUAAAUGCAGAGUAAAUUGUACAGUUUAUUUAUAACUGAUGUUUUUGACUUUUGAGAUUAAACUUCACUGUUAUUUAAAGACUUAA